GCCAGAAUUGUCAGAAAUUUUUUGACAAUUGACAAUUUAGACAACAAAACGUUUUUGUGGUUUUUACCCUAAAAUUAACAAAAAUGAACGAAGUUGAAAAACUAGAAUAUUUAUCCCUCGUAUCUAAAGUAUGCACCGAAUUGGAAAACCAUCUCGGGAUGAACGACAAGGAUUUAGCCGAGUUCAUAAUCCACCUCUCCGAAAAGCACGACACUGUCGACAGCUUCAAGAAAGUCCUUGUCGAGAAUGGUGCUGAAUUUUCCGACUCUUUCGUCUCAAAUUUGCUCCGUAUUAUCCAACACAUGCGCCCCAAAAAAUCAAGUCAGGCGAGUAAAGUGAACUCGAGUCAUGAACAGGAUUCACUAGCUGCGAAAUUCCCGGGUUUGGCGUUACCGAACGAGGUGCAAAAACCCCUCACACCAGUGGUGGAGACCAAGGGGGAAGAUGAGGAUAUUGUGGCUGAUUUGAUGGCUCAGUUGGAGGCUGAUGCCCCCUCACAGGCGAAAAAUGAUAAGGAGAAGAGGGAAAGAAGUCGGAGUCCUGAGAGGAAGCGGCGCAGGAGGGAAAAGUCCAGGUCCAGGUCGAGAGAUAGGAGGAGGAGGUCGAGGGAGAGGUCUGGGAGGAGGCGCAGGAGCCGGAGCAGGUCGCGGAGGAGGAGGAGCAGGAGUGCGUCCCCGAGGAGGAGGGACAGGAGUGCCUCCCCAAGGAGGAGGGACAGGAAAAUCAAGCGGGAGAGUCCGGAAUUGGACGAAGAUCCAAUCCCUGGAAAAAUUUACACAGGAAAAGUGGCAAACAUUGUCCCUUUCGGUUGCUUUGUCCAGUUGGAGGGUUUACGGCGCCGUUGGGAAGGUCUAGUGCAUAUUUCGCAAUUAAGGGCUGAAGGUCGCGUCACAAACGUCUCUGAGGUCGUUUCACGUGGAAUGAAAGUCAAAAUAAAAGUACUAUCAGUAACCGGACAAAAAGUCUCCUUAUCAAUGAAAGACGUUGAUCAAAUAACCGGAAAAGACCUCAAUCCCCUUUCACACGCCCCUGCAGAACGUGAAGAUAAAGACCGGAACCCGGAUCGUCCAAUGAACACCGGAACUUCCGUUUUGCGCCUUCCUGUCGGCAUCGACGAAAACGAGGAAAACUCCCGCAAACGUGUCACCCGGAUUUCGAGUCCGGAACGCUGGGAAAUCAAACAAAUGAUUUCGUCCGGGUGUAUCGAUAAGAGUGAGUUGCCGGAUUUCGACGACGAAACCGGACUUUUGCCCAAGGAUGAAGACGGAGAGGCUGAUAUUGAGAUUGAGUUGGUUGAGGACGAGCCUCCUUUCCUCCAAGGUCACGGGAGGGCGCUCCACGACUUGAGUCCCGUCCGUAUUGUGAAAAACCCAGACGGUUCGUUGGCUCAAGCCGCAAUGAUGCAAUCAGCUUUGGCGAAAGAACGUCGUGAGCAAAAAAUGUUGCAACGAGAACAGGAAAUUGAUUCGCAACCGUCUGGGAAAAAUAAAAACUGGAUUGAUCCACUGCCCGAGGAUGAGAGUAAAAUGAAUUCGGCACGUGGGAUUGGUUUACAAUCGCAGGAUUUACCCGAAUGGAAGAAACACGUAAUAGGGGGGAAGAAAUCUUCGUUUGGGAAAAAAACCAAUUUGAGUAUUUUGGAGCAGAGGCAGAGUCUGCCCAUCUAUAAGUUGAAGGAAGAGUUGAGGAAAGCUGUGACCGAUAAUCAGAUUUUGAUAGUGAUUGGGGAGACAGGGUCUGGGAAAACGACUCAAAUCACGCAGUAUUUGGCGGAGAGUGGGUUCACAGCCAGGGGGAAAAUUGGGUGUACGCAGCCUAGGAGGGUGGCUGCCAUGUCGGUGGCCAAGAGGGUGGCCGAGGAGUUUGGGUGUAGGUUGGGCCAGGAGGUGGGCUAUACGAUUCGGUUUGAGGAUUGCACAAGUCCAGAAACGAUCAUCAAAUACAUGACGGACGGCAUGUUGCUUCGUGAGUGCCUCAUGGACCUCGACCUCAAGGCCUACUCGGUCAUAAUGUUGGACGAAGCCCACGAACGCACCAUUCACACCGACGUCCUCUUUGGCCUCCUCAAACAGGCCGUUACGAAACGUCCCGAACUCAAACUAAUCGUGACAUCGGCAACCCUCGACGCCGUUAAAUUCUCACAAUAUUUUUUCGAAGCCCCAAUUUUUACAAUUCCAGGCCGGACAUUUCCCGUCGAAGUCCUCUACACGAAAGAACCCGAAACGGAUUAUCUGGACGCAAGUCUAAUCACCGUUAUGCAAAUCCAUUUACGGGAACCCCCCGGCGAUAUACUUUUGUUUCUAACCGGACAGGAAGAAAUCGACACGGCUUGCGAAAUUUUAUACGAACGUAUGAAAUCAUUAGGACCGGAUGUCCCCGAAUUGAUUAUACUUCCGGUGUAUUCGGCGCUUCCGUCCGAGAUGCAAACCCGGAUUUUUGAACCGGCGCCCCCCGGAAGCCGGAAAGUUGUCAUCGCGACAAAUAUAGCAGAGACUUCGUUGACCAUUGAUGGGAUUUUUUACGUUGUCGAUCCCGGUUUUGUCAAACAGAAAGUUUAUAAUUCUAAAACUGGGAUGGACUCGUUGGUGGUCACGCCCAUUUCGCAGGCACAAGCCAAGCAAAGGGCGGGGCGUGCCGGGCGGACGGGGCCUGGGAAAUGCUAUAGGUUGUACACGGAGAGGGCGUAUCGUGAUGAGAUGCUGCCCACUCCUGUUCCGGAGAUACAAAGGACCAAUUUGGCAACGACUGUCUUACAGUUGAAAACAAUGGGGAUUAAUGAUUUGCUACAUUUUGAUUUUAUGGACGCUCCGCCUGUUGAAUCGCUGAUUAUGGCCUUAGAGCAGUUGCACUCGUUGUCGGCGUUGGAUGAUGAGGGGCUUCUUACGCGAUUAGGGCGGAGGAUGGCUGAGUUUCCUCUGGAACCCAACCUAUCAAAAAUGCUGAUUAUGUCCGUGGCCCUUCAAUGUUCCGACGAGAUUUUGACAAUUGUGAGCAUGUUGUCGGUUCAAAAUGUCUUUUAUCGUCCCAAGGACAAGCAAGCGAUCGCCGAUCAGAAAAAGGCCAAAUUUAACCAACCAGAAGGCGACCACUUGACACUUUUGGCCGUUUAUAACAGUUGGAAAAAUAAUAAAUUUUCGAAUGCGUGGUGUUACGAAAAUUUCGUACAAAUAAGGACGUUAAAACGGGCACAAGAUGUUCGUAAACAAUUGUUAGGGAUUAUGGAUAGGCACAAGUUGGAUGUCGUAUCGGCUGAAAGAAAUACAGUGAGGGUGCAGAAGUGUGUGUGUUCGGGAUUUUUCAGGAAUGCAGCGAAAAAGGAUCCACAGGAGGGGUACAGGACGCUGGUGGAUAGCCAAGUGGUUUAUAUACACCCCUCGAGCGCCCUCUUCAACAGACAACCAGAGUGGGUGAUCUACCACGAACUGGUGCAGACCACGAAGGAAUACAUGCGCGAAGUGACCACAAUCGACCCAAAAUGGCUCGUGGAGUUCGCCCCCGCUUUCUUCAAAUUCUCAGAUCCGACAAAACUGAGCAAAUUUAAGAAAAACCAACGUUUGGAGCCACUUUACAACAAAUACGAGGAACCGAACGCUUGGCGAAUAUCGCGAGUUAGGAGGCGGCGUAAUUAGGCAUAGUUAGGUGUAAAUAAAAAAUUAAUAAUC